UCCACGGCAAUGUCGAAUUCCACGCCCGCAACGGGAAACCUCACGCCCGCCGCGGAGGACUGACCACAUAGCUCUCCUGGCGCGGACAUUCGUCUGGGUUCUCUCUCUCUCUCUGUCUGCCUCCCUCCGCUGCUCUCAGGGAUCGAUCGCAAGGUUCUUGAUUCUUAUUCUUCUCUUAGGAAUCAUCGUGAAUCUUCGGCCAAAAGAGGGAACCAAGUAAAGGAGGACACGAUUCGAUCUCUUCCAUUACUUUGUUCUCUCCCCGAUGGCUGCUUUGAAUCUCCGCCUUUUGGUGCUCCUUUGCUCGUGGGCAAUGGCAACGGUGGGCUUCUCGGCCUGUCAAGCGCCUUCCGUCGUCUCCAGCUUCAGCCGUCCUAAGGUCUGGCUCGGCCCUUACGACUGGACGUACUUGCGAGUUGAGCUGCCGCCUUGGUUCUCAUCAAUGGCCAUCAAUUUUGUGUCCAAUGUUAACAUUCCUCAAACCUUACAGGACAAGGAACAAGCAAAACAAUAUCCAAAGAGUAACCUUCCCUUGGUAUGCUUCAGAGGUGGCAGUCCUCCUAUUCCAGAUGUUUCAGGCAUCCAUUUGGAUGAUUCAUUGUCAAAGUUUGUACUGUAUGGAUCUUUUGGAGGUGCAUCCAAUCUCUCUUUCAUAGAUCAAUGCAUUCCAUUUCAGAAAAACCUAUCAGUGACAUUGACGAAUGAGCUGAUAUCUCCUGGAAUAUGGUACUUUGGGUUCUUCAAUGGACUUGGACCUGCUCGCACACAGUCAAAAAUGAUUAACCGAGGAAAAGCAUACAUAUUCAGUAUCAGCAUUGUCAUUGAAGGAUGUUCCACCAUGGGUGUAUGGGGCCCUUACUGUAACCAGUCAGUUAAUAUGAUUCCUUGUUUUCAAUCUUCCAUAGACAAGCACUCCAGGAAACUAUUAGAUUUAAACAUGUACAGCUGGGGAAGUUUAAACCAUAUGGCUCAAGCUGGAGAAGAUAAGGAAGCUAAUUAUCAUUUGUCAUCCAAAUGGAUGACUAUGAAAUAUAAACAAGUAGAUAACAAUGCUAGCAUGUUUGUCACCGCCGAAAAUCUCAUGACAUGCAACAAUACAAUUGAAUUGUCAUGUCUCAGAAAUGGGGAGUUGAAUAUAUAUGCUGUGGACAUAGUCUCUAUAACAUCCCAGUUUGUUGUUUCUCUUACUGAUUUGAGGUUUAAUCAAACAUCUUCAACAGAAAACCUAGGAAAUUUUAGUGAAAUUCUACUGAUGUCUUAUGCUCGCUACAAUGCAAUGCCACUCAAGUCUUUACAUGAUUAUUCUACGGAUAUAAGUAGGGCCCCUUUAAUUGUCAAUUCACCAAAAGUUGGACGAUGGUAUAUUGCCUUUCAAGCUGUUAACCAGACAGAAGCAAGUGGAACAAUGCAAGAAACAUUUUUGAAUGGAAGUCUGUGUUUUUCCUUUAUGUUGCAAGUGCCUGAGUGCAGUAGUGGAAAGGCUGGGUUCAACUGUACAUGGGAAGCGCAUACACUUCAGAGAGCUUCCAAAAAUUCAGCCGUUCCUUUUGCAUCUUAUUAUCUCCCAGUUAGUGAACUUGGGUCCACAGAUGCUGGUUUCUCUUUGGAUAAUCUUUUGAGCAAUUCUUCUGUUGAGCAAACUGCAUGGACUUAUUUCUUUUUCGAUAUCCCUACUGGUGCAGCAGGAGCUAAUAUGCAUGUUCGAUUAUCUUCAGAUACAAAGUUAAAUUAUGGAGUAUACACAAAAUUCAGUGGUUUACUAACCAUGGAUAAUUGGGAUUACUUUGCAAAUAGCACAAGCAGAAGCAAUGAUUCCAUGUUUUUGGCAUCAGACGAUUCAAGCGGAAAAAACAUAGAUUUUUAUGUUUUGUCUGCUAGAGAAGGAACUUGGUGCAUUGGAUUAGAGCAUCCUUUGAACGCUAAUAACAAAUAUCAGACUACCAUGUCCAUUUGGCUUGAGGGAUGCCCCAAUCACUGUAGUCAUCAUGGGGCAUGUCGCAAUUCUAUCGAUGAAAGCGGGUUGACAUUCUACAGCUAUUGUGCAUGUGAUCGUGACCAUGGAGGUUUUGAUUGCAGCAAUGAACUUGUUACACAUAAAGGACAUAUUUGGCAGUUGAUCUUUCUUGUUGCAUCAAAUGCAGCAGCUAUAUUACCUGCAUUCUGGGCACUUCGACAAAAAGCAUUUGCUGAAUGGGUGCUCUUCACUUCUAGUGGAAUUUCAAGCGGUUUGUAUCAUGCAUGUGAUCGAGGCACAUGGUGUGUACUGUCUUUCCAUGUAUUACAGUUUCUCGACUUCUGGCUUUCUUUCAUGGCUGUGGUGAGCACUUUCAUUUACAUGGCGACCAUUGAUGAGGCUUCAAAGAGGGCAAUUCACACUAGCAUAUCAAUUCUCACUGCUCUGUUGGCUGUAACGGGUGCAACCAGGUCAGCAAAUAUUGCUAUAGUUGUAGCAAUAGGGACUGCUGGUCUUCUCUUGGGAUGGUUUUUGGAGUUCUCAGUACACAGAGCCAUUCACUGUCCAUUGAGAUUCGACUUAAAUAUGCCUGAAAGAUGGCAAAAUUUGAGAAGUUGGCUCCAGAAUCUCAUCAGAACACUCCAGAAAAGAUUUCAUUGGCUAUACUUACUCUUGGGCUUCUUCACAUUAGCUUUGGCAGCAGCAUGCCGGACACUAGAAGCCAAUGAGAGCUACUGGAUUUGGCACAGCUUCUGGCACAUUACCAUAUACACUUCUUCCUUCUUCUUCCUUUACUCGAUGCGGACAAAUGAAAGCAAUGAGCAACAAGAGCCUGCCUAUGAGCUAACACGGCAGGACUCCUUGCCAAGAACCGAGUAAACACAGUUUCGAGGCUCAAUGUGGCCAAGGAAGUUACAGUGUGGUAGACACUUUUGCCAACUCUAUCUUCACCCAAGCAAAGGAUCAUUUAUACUACUGCAGAUUGGAUUUCCCUUUUGCAAGCAUUUAGUAGUUCACCGAAGGCUGAUUGCACCGAAGAUUGCUUACCUCCGAGAUUUUAUUGUGAUAGACUUUCUUGGUCUUUCAUCUCCCUAUGGGCAUCAUACUUUUAUUUUUCCUAUUCUUUUGGGAAAAAGAAAUACAGAAGCAGAUAGCAACUGUAAAUUGCUAAUUCUGUUGGUAAAAAUUAUAAACAGAACUAAUUGUGUUAAUAUUUUAUGGUCAGCAUGAUAUCCCUGUAUCAUAAUUAUCUAAAUAAGUUUGAUGUAUAGCCCAGAAUUUGAUAGCGGAAC